GACAUUGACUACUGACAGUUGAGUAUUGACUUAAAAUUGCAUUGAUUUAAAAUUGAGAAGCCGAUUAGAUAUCUAUUUAGGCGUAAUUAACAACAAGAGUCCUCGGUAUAAUACAGAAAUAACGAUUUAAACAUGAAUAUACCGUUUCCAAUAUUGUAUCCACGCUUAGUGGAUCCUUCUUGGUUUAACGCUGAUAGUCCCUGUGACGAGGACGCGGAAUUAACGAACAUGGAACAAGCUCAUCAACAAUGGCUGAAUUCCAUUGGGCAGCAAUAUAUGAAACGUCCACCAUUGGGUAAAGUUGAUCCAGAACCCAUGGAGGAAGAAGCUGAUUCAGACGAAGAAGAGGGUAACGACGAAUCUGAUGAAUCGGAGGAGUCACAUGAUGAGGAUGAAGAGGAAGAACUACGUUCAUAUUCACCACCAAGGAAUAAUAAUGAACUAGAGCCAGAAGCUUUAGAAGAUCCCAAUGAAACCCCAGAUCCUAAUACUCCUGACCAAAGUGCUCUUUGGCCUAUUCAGUAACUAAAAUGCACAUGAUCUUAUUUCUGAGUGCAUGAAUAUCUUUGUAUUUUGUGUAUAAAUGUAUAAGCAAAAUUAAAGUUAAACAAACCAA